CAUUCAGCAUCCCCACACAAAAGGUGGUGGGGAAAAAGGCUCUUUUUGUACACACUGGGAAUGAUGGCGUUGAUGAUGCCUGCAAUCUCCAUCACCAACACCUUCACCUCCCCUCUCUUUUUCUCUCUCUAUAUUGUGUCUUCUCCUCUGUUAUCGUUGUCUAUUGCUUUUUAUUCUUCACAAUUACCACCAUGACCAAACCUCUUAUUGCCUCUCAAUAAUCACCGAAUCUCAUGCGGUUGCAGUGACAUUUCAUGAAAUAUAAAAGCUAUUUCCGUUAAAUCAAAACACCCAAGUAUGGAGAAGAAGUGCGGUUGCUGGGCUCUUCUCAAACGUGGGGUUUGCAAGUCCUCUGCCUCUAAAGACUCUGUUAACACUAUCCCUCGUACUAGUCUUGUUUAUGAUGCAGCUACUGAGACAAGAUAUCUAAACGCUAGCAACCGGGAGUUUUGUCCAAAUGAAGCUCAAUUAUCCUUCGAUAAUCCUGAUCCACCACCAUCAGAUAACGAGGCACAACGUCAGCUGCUUGAGUUCACAUUUCAGGAACUAAAAUCUGCGACCGGGAACUUUAGGCCUGAUAGCAUUCUGGGGGAAGGAGGAUUUGGGUAUGUAUUCAAGGGAUGGAUAGAGGAAAAUGGGACUGCACCAGCAAAACCUGGAUCAGGGAUUACAGUUGCUGUCAAAAGCUUGAAGCCAGAUGGUCUUCAGGGCCAUAGAGAAUGGGUGGCUGAAGUGGAUUUUCUCGGCAAGCUUCACCAUCCUAAUCUUGUGAAGCUUAUUGGAUUCUGUAUUGAGGAUGAUCAGAGGAUGCUUGUAUAUGAAUUUAUGACACGCGGAAGUCUUGAGAAUCAUCUUUUCAGAAGAACCAUACCACUUCCAUGGUCCAAUAGGAUUAAGAUUGGACUUGGAGCUGCCAAAGGAUUGGCCUUUCUCCACAGCGGUCGAAAGCCAGUUAUAUAUAGGGAUUUUAAGACAUCGAAUAUAUUGCUUGAUUCGGACUAUAACGCAAAGCUUUCAGAUUUUGGUCUAGCAAAAGCUGGGCCUCAAGGUGACAAAACUCAUGUUUCUACCAGGGUUGUUGGCACAUAUGGCUAUGCUGCUCCAGAGUAUGUGAUGACAGGACACUUGACGUCAAAGAGUGAUGUUUACAGCUUUGGCGUCAUGCUAUUAGAGAUAUUGACAGGAAGAAGAUCAAUGGACAAGAAGCGUCCCAGUGGAGAGCAGAAUCUCGUUAUGUGGGCACGGCCUUACUUAGCUGACAAGAGAAAGAUUUACCAGUUAGUGGAUCCUCGCUUGGAGCUGAAUUACUCCAUUAAAGGGGUGCAGAAAGUUUCUCAAUUAGCUUGCAACUGCCUCAGCAGGGACACUAAAUCCCGGCCUACAAUGGAUGAAGUAGUGAAGGUUCUCACUCCCCUGCAAGAUCUCAACGACUUUGCCAUCUUAUCUUAUCACUCGCGUUUAUCACAACAAGGUAGACGUAAGAAGAAGGCAGAUAGAACUCAUCAGAUUGCAAAUCAUUCCAGGAACAUCAGAGAUUCUCCUUUGAAUACUGGCAAGCAGCAUUGUAAAUGAUUCAUGUAUCAACUAGUUCCCCUCGACUGGCUCAACUAUCGAAAUGAUUGGCUUGUAGUGUAAUAUCGAGUUUUAAACUUUGUUUGAGCCAUAAGGAAAAUGGAAGAGGAAGUCUGUUUCCUCGAUUUCAAGUCUUACACUAGAGAGCUAACCAUCAACCUGAACCACUCAUUGCAAUUUGAAGUUGCUGUAACUGAGAUAUAUCCUGUAAUGAGAUUAAAACUUCCAUUCCAGUAUUGUUAGUGGCGGCUGCCUGAAUUCUAUUCUCUUUCGGUUUUCGGAAUUAUGAUUUUACAGUA